AGGUUGGGACCUCCAAGCAAAGCAAGACCCUUUGCCCCCUGAGCCUUGGUUUCCUCUUUCAUGAGAUGCAGGAGUUACUGGGGCAGGACUUGGCACAGAGAGGGGACUGGGCCCAGAACAUGGAUCUCUGCUGGGUCCUUUUCUUCUGCUUGGGUCUUCUGACCUGUCCGUGCGAGAUGGCAGUGACAUCAGAAGAACUCUUGCUCUUUAUGGAGACCAUGGAGCAGCCCCGGGGUCGGAAGCCGUCCAUCCAUAUGGGGCACAUCCACCGCUUGGAGCAGCAGCUGCUAAACGCCUCUUUCCCUGGCCACAACCUGACCCUGCAGACGCGCUCCAUCCAGUCUAUGGUCUUCAAGCUGGCCUGCAAUUUCACAGGCCUCUCCCUGAGCAGUGCCACCCUGAAGCAGGGCCCCCAGCCCCGGGCCCGGCAUGCCAUGCAGUUCCCUGCAGAGCUGACCCGGGAUGCCUGCAGGACCAGGCUCCAGGAACUUCGCCUCAUCUGCAUCUACUUCUUCACUAACCGGUUCUUCCAGGAUGACAGCAGCUCAUCCUUGCUCAAUGACUAUGUCCUGGGGGCCCAGCUGGGCCACAGACCUGUGAGCAACCUCAGUGAGCCCGUCAACAUCAGCUUCUGGCACAACCAAAGCCUGGAAGGCUACACCCUAACCUGUGUCUUCUGGAAGGAGGGGGACAGCCAACACUCCCAGGGGGCCUGGAGCCCCGAGGGUUGUCGCACAGAGCAGCCCUCCCCCUCCCAGGUGCUCUGUCACUGCAACCACCUCACCUAUUUCGCUGUUCUCAUGCAGCUUUCCCCAGCCCAGCUCCCUGCAGCGCUGCGGGCACCGCUGGAGUACAUCUCCCUCGUGGGCUGCAGCGUCUCCAUCGUGGCCUCGCUGCUGGUCAUCCUGCUGUCCAUCCAGGCCAGGAAGCAGAGUGACUCCAUCGCACGCAUCCACGUGAACCUGCACGUCUCUGUGCUGCUCUUAAACGUCGCCUUCCUUCUGAGCGCCAAUCGGGCGGUGGCCCCGGUGCCUGGGGCCGCAUGCACAGCGCUGGCGGCAGCCCUCCACUACACCCUGCUCAGCUGCCUCACCUGGAUGGCUGUGGAAGGCUUCAACCUCUACCUGCUCCUGGGCCGCGUCUACAACACCUACAUCCGUCACUACGUGCUCAAGCUCUGCGUGCUGGGCUGGGGGGUUCCGGCCCUCCUGGUGCUGCUUCUCCUCGCUGUGCAGAGCUCCGUGUAUGGACCCUGCACAAUCCCACUCGCCCACAGGCAGGGAAACCACACGGGCUUCCAGAACAGUGUGGCCAUGUGCUGGCUGUGUAGCCCUGUGGUGCAUGGUGUGCUGGUUAUGGGCUAUGGUGGUCUCAUGUCCCUGUUUAACCUGGUGGUGCUGGCCUGGGCACUGUGGGCCCUGCACAGGCUGCGCGCUGGCCGGAAGGCCCCAAGCACCCGGGCCUGCCGGGACACUGUCACCGUGCUGGGCCUCACCGUACUGCUGGGCACCACCUGGGCUUUGGCUUUCUUCUCCUUUGGUGUCUUCCUGCUGCCCCAGCUCUUCCUCUUCACCAUCUUCAACUCAUUCUAUGGUCUCUUCCUCUUCCUGUGGUUCUGCUCCCAGAGGUGCCACUCCCAGGCAGAGGCCAAGACAGAGCUGGAAGGGGUCAGCUCUUCCCAGAUGACGACACACUGACCUGGUCUCCUGGCCUGGAGCCCCAGCUGCUCUGGCUGUGGCAUCCCUGGCCCUGGCCCCUGGCACAGGAGGUGGCAGGUCUACAGCUGGGCUCAGAGGCCCGUGUGCCCUCCAGAUCCCCCAUCUCCUCCAGAAGACAGGCCUGGCUCUGCCUCUCUGGCCUUCUGCUCUAAGGUGGUCCAGUUUCCCCCAGGGAGUGGGCAGCCCCAGUGAGCCACCCUAUGGGAAGAGCACUGGGUGGAGAGUCAGGAGACCGCAUCUCAAGGCCUAGCUCUAAUGAUCUUGUGGCUAUUAUUUCUCAUGGAACGCUCCCCCACCUCAGUUUCCCCAUCAGUGGAUAUGGGGGCCACGGGAGCAUUGUAACAAGUGAUGGGGUGGGGUGGAAUUCCUAUCUGCUCUCCCCCAUGAUCUCCAUCUACCUGUUGGAGGCUGGGUUUGCUUCCUCCUGUGGAGAACCCGCCCAGCCCUGGUUCCAGCCUCUGGCCCUCCUCCAGGAUGUUGAGGCCCACCAGUGUCAAGGCCUCACUGUAUGUU